UCCAAAGAGCUGGCUGGAACCAUAGUCAUCAACUUCAAAAUGAGCCAUUUGGUGGUACUUCUCAGCUUAGUAGUUGCCCUUGCAGGAUCAGUUGUGGCGCUCAGUAUCCCCGGUAAGUCAGUCCGCAAGAUCGAUUGGAGUUUGGUUCGUCCGAUUAGUGAGUUUCCUCAUGUGCAGCAGAUAACUAAGAACAUACUAGGAGAUUCUGCUAGCGAGAAGUUUGCAAGCAAUCAACGCAUUGUCGGUGGACAAGUAGCGUCAGCUGGACAGAUUCCGUAUCAGGCGGCAAUUUUGGCCGAUAUUGACGAUGGUUCGGGACUUUGCGGAGGUGUUUUGAUAUCUUCAAAUUACGUACUAACCGCCGCUGUUUGCGUCAAUGGUGCUAGCGAGGGAACCGUUAUUCUAGGAGCCCAAAAUUUACAAAACGAGAAUGAAGUGGGGCAGUUGCGCUUGGACUUCACUGGUUCGGAUGUUAAGAUCCACGAAGAAUAUGUGGAGUUCAUAUUCAGACACAAUAUCGCCAUAGUAAGAUUGCCACAAUCGGUUCCGAUAACAGAUAGAAUUCGUCCGGCAGUACUGCCAGCCGGUAGCGAUUCACGAACGUUCGCUGGGUUGCAAGGGACUGUUAGUGGAUUCGGCCGAACCUCAGAUGCUAGUACUUCGUUUUCAGAAGUGCUUCGAUACGUCUCGAAUCCAAUCCUUACCAAUGCCGACUGUAAUGCGGGCUGGUACGGGGAUCUAAUCGAUGGUCAGAAAUUGUGUUUGUCGUACUCCAAUACUCGUGGUCCAUGCGUGGGAGAUAACGGAGGUCCCUUGACUGUACAGGAUGCCGGUCAAAGUUUGCUCGUUGGUGUUUUCUCAUUCGGAUCCGUUAUUGGCUGCGAAUCAUUGUGGCCAUCGGUGUACGUACGGGUCACUUUUUACCUGAAUUGGAUAGCAGCGAACACCGACGUCGUUAUCAGAUCGAACUGACCUAAUCUACAUCGUAAAAGCGACUGUUGUCCGCAGGACCAUAAAAUUCAACUGAUGCGUGUUAUGUCACGAUGACAAUAGACAAAACCAU